GAGAGCGGAGAUCCACCAGCAGUGUAUCCGCUUCAGUCCCCGCUGACUCACACACACAUACAAACACACACACACACACACACACACUGAGGGCUGAGAUGUGACUGUUUACCAGAGGAAUACAGCGUGUUUCUUGUGGGAUUUUUAUUGUCAGCCGGAUAAUGGGAGAAGACAUGCGGGGAGGCAUUUUAACCAUGCGGGCCACUUGGGUUGCGGUGCUUCUCUGUGUGAUGACUUCGGUGUGCGCAGUGGAAGAGACGGUGAUGGAUACAAGGACAGCGACAGCUGAGCUCGGCUGGAUAUCGUUCCCUGCCAACGGAUGGGAGGAGGUGAGUGGUUAUGAUGAAAACCUCAACACCAUCAGGACCUACCAGGUGUGCAACGUGUUUGAUCCCAGCCAGAACAACUGGCUCCUCACGACUUAUAUCGACCGGCGGGCUGCGCAACGCAUCUACGUGGAGAUCCGCUUCACUGUACGCGACUGUGCCUCCAUCCCCAGCGUCCUGGGCUCCUGCAAAGAGACAUUCAACCUGUACUACCUGGAGACAGAAAGGACGUUGUCACAGAGCAUCAAAGGGGUGGAGUACUGGGCCAAUGCCCCUUUUCUUAAGGUGGACACCAUCGCAGCAGAUGAGAGUUUCUCCCAGGUGGAUUUCGGUGGAAGGCUAAUGAAGGUGAACACAGAAGUUCGGAGUUUCGGGCCGUUGUCCAAAGGCAGAGGCUUCCACUUGGCCUUCCAGGAUUUGGGCGCUUGCAUGUCUCUUCUGGCUGUCAGAGUGUUCUAUAAGAAAUGCCCCAGCGUGGUGCAAAACUUUGCCUUUUUCCCAGAGACGCUGACUGGAGCAGAGUCCACCUCAUUAGUCAUCGCUAGAGGAAGUUGUAUCCCUAACGCUGAGGAAGUAGACGUGCCCAUAAAGCUCUACUGUAACGGAGAUGGAGAGUGGAUGGUACCCAUCGGCAGCUGCAGCUGCAAAGCGGGUUAUGAACCAGACAAUGGCAACGUGUGUCGAGCUUGCCCUCAGGGGACCUUUAAGUCGUUCCAGGGGGCAGGAUUAUGUAAGCAAUGUCCGCUCAACAGUCGCUCCACCAUCGAGGCCGCCACCAUCUGCGUUUGUCGCAACGGCUAUUACCGUGGAGACAUGGACAAACCAGAGGACGUGUGCACCAGUGUUCCUUCAGCUCCGCGCAACGUGGUCUCAGUCGUCAACCAGACAUCGGUGCAGCUGGAGUGGCACCCCCCACGUGACACUGGGCACCGUGACGACAUGUCAUACAACGUUUUGUGCCGCCGGUGCCACAGUAGCGAGCGCCGGGCAUGUCAGCCAUGUGAUGACAGCGUGGUAUUCGUUUCAGACAAGCAAGGGUUAAAGGAAACGAGGGUGGAGAUCAGCAAGCUGCGGGCCCACACACCUUACACCUUCGAAAUACAGGCAGUAAACGGAGUCUCCAACAAGAGCCCUUAUCCCGCCCAGCAACUGUCAAUCAACAUUACAACCAAUCAGGCUGCUCCCUCUGUAGUUCCCAUAAUGCACCAAGUGAGCUCAACAAGCCGCAGUUUCUCGUUGUCAUGGCCACCGCCCGAACAGCCCAACGGAAUUAUCCUUGACUACGAGAUUCGAUACUUUGACAAGUCCCUGUCGUCAGUGCUGAACAGUUCAGUGGUCCAGAGCGAAACACCUAAUGUUGUUCUGGAGGGUCUGAGGCCGGGGACCGGCUACGUGGUGCAGGUGAGGGCCCCCCGCUGGGCGCGCGAUACCCUGGCCACAGCAAAAAUGCUCUUCCAAACCUCACCGUAAAAUGAGUAUAAGUCAGAGCUAGGACAGCAGCUCUCCCUGAUUGCAGGCUCUUUAGUAGGUGGAGUAUGUAUCGUCUCAUUGGUAGCUAUCGCCAUCAUCUGCACCAGAAGAAGGCAGUUGAAAGAGAGUGUGUAUGGUGACAAGCUGCAGCAGUACAACGCAGGAGGAGAGGUGACUCUGAGGCCUGACAUGUUCAGUGGUCCUACCCCCACUGUGACAUUUCCCACCCUGUCUGAAGGCCAUAGUUCACCGGGGGUCAAGAUCUACAUUGACCCCUUCACCUACGAGGACCCCAACGAGGCCGUCAGGGAGUUUGCCAAGGAAAUUGACCCCUCCUGUGUCAAAAUAGAGGAAGUCAUUGGAUCAGGUGAAUUUGGGGAGGUGUACAAGGGCCGCCUAAAGCCUGUUGGGAAAAAAGAAAUUCCUGUGGCCAUCAAGACACUGAAGGUUGGCUACUCUGAGAGGCAGAGGAGGGACUUCCUGUCCGAGGCGUCAAUCAUGGGCCAGUUUGACCAACCAAACAUCAUCAGACUGGAGGGCGUGGUCACCAAGAGCAGGCCUACGAUGAUCAUCACAGAGUUCAUGGAGAACGGAGCACUUGACUUGUUUCUCAGGCAAAAUGAUGGGCAGUUUCCAGUGAUCCAGCUUGUUGGUAUGCUGAGGGGCAUCGCGUCUGGAAUGAGGUACCUUGCGGAAAUGAGUUAUGUUCACCGGGACCUGGCUGCUCGGAACAUCCUGGUUAACAGUAACUUGGUGUGUAAGGUGUCUGACUUUGGAUUAUCACGUUAUCUGGAGGAGGACACCUCUGACCCUACCUACACCAGCUCACUGGGUGGUAAAAUCCCAGUGCGGUGGACGGCUCCGGAGGCGAUUGCCUACAGGAAGUUUACGUCAGCUUCAGAUGUCUGGAGUUAUGGGAUCGUCACCUGGGAGGUGAUGUCAUACGGAGAGAGGCCUUACUGGGACAUGAGCAACCAAGAUGUGAUAAAUGCCAUCGAGCAGGACUUCAGGCUGCCAGCUCCCAUGGACUGUCCGGUCGUGCUGCACCAGCUGAUGCUGGACUGCUGGCAGAAAGACAGGAACGCACGGCCAAAGUUCCCCGAUAUUGUCAGCAUGUUGGACAAAAUGAUACGCAACCCUGCAUCUCUCAAAGCCGGCAUCAACAACAUCGCCCCUGGUCCUUCCCAUCAUCCUUUGUUAGACCGUGGCGCUCCAGACCUGAGCAGGUUGAGCUCUGUGGAAGACUGGCUGGCUGCGUUGAAGAUGACCCAGUAUCGAGACUCCUUCCUGGGCUCGGGCUUCACUUCUUUGCCGCUCGUCACACAAAUCACAGCCGAAGAUCUUCAGAGGAUUGGAGUGUCUUUAGCCGGACACCAGAAGAAAAUCCUGACCAGUGUUCAGUCGAUGAGGCCCAACAUUGAUGACCAGUCUCCUACUGAAUCUGUGUAACCGCACAGGGGAGCGACACAGUAUGAAAUAUUCGACACGUGUACAGUCUGAACGAGCAAGCUGUCAUCUUUACGCUUGUUUUACCCUCAUACCUAAAUCUAAACCACUUUACAAGUUUUUUAACAAUCCCUGUGGCCAUUUUUGUGUCUGUGUGUCCUCAGCAGUCCCUAGGUCCCUCCUUCAUUCAGUGGACAGACUUCACACCUUUAAGAAAAUUGAUUUAAACUAAAUGUUAACCAGUAAACUUAGGUUGGGGAGCAUGGACACUCUUCAACCACACCUCUAAUCACUUGUAAGGCCUACCUAUCAAACCAUCCUGUACAGUUUGUCUCAGUUUUCUCAACCCACCCUCCCUUUCUCAUCCAUUCUGCCGGACCCCACCUCUCCAUUUCCAUCCCCCUCAUCCCAACCCCAUCCCUCCCCCUAAUGAAUUUACCCACGAGACCAUCCAUUCCCCUGCUCAUCCCUAUUCAUCCCAUCUUAUUCAAUGCUGUGCAUACCUGUCCCAGCCUCCAGGUACUGUCUGAGGCAUGUUGAGGGACUCCAGAGUCCCCUCCUCCCCAGCCUUCAUACAUCUUUCCCAGACAGGCCUAACCAGUCAACCUCCUCAUCACCUUCUUUGAAUUCGUUCAUCCAUCCUCAAGAUCCUCAUUUUAUUAAACCUUUACAUAAUUGCAUGGUUGUGGUGGGGUCCUUGCUAGUGAAAUGCUUCUUGGAGGGAAUUCAAUGCAGAUUUAGUGCAAGAGGAAAAACAAGGCAGACAUGAUUUGUGACUGCAAAAAAACCAAGAAAAAAACCCCAAAACAAUAGUGUCUGGACUUUUCUGUCUGACUACAACCGGUACAAUCACAAACCCCCAUUCCCUCUCUCGCCCCAAAAUCUCCCUGCAAGAUCACUUCCAUCAUUGAAAUCCACAGACCAGUUUAUACCAGCUUGACUGUUUGAUUCAAGGACAACAUGGCCUGGUUUUUAUGUAAGGAUAAAUCACACAAACGUGCUACUGUGAAGAGGAAACUGACCAAACAGACAUUUAUGUGAAGGGACACAAACUGGACGAAUAGCCUGACAAAAGGUCUUUCUGGAGACCCAUUGCAGGCUUUUUCAUCUGCAGUGUGUUCUGUUGAGACUACUUCAGUGUGUUGGUGAAAAUUGUGACCAUUUGAAUCCAGACAAGAGCCAACAGUUAAUGGGACUUUGUGAAUCCAUCUUCAUAUUGAAGAGACUGUACAUAUUAUGAUAUGGGAUGUUAAUUUCCUAUUUGCUCAUUUGCUUUCACUUUUGCCGACAGCAUCAAACAAUUAAUUGUCACUGGAGUAUUUUGUGAGCUCUGUAUGAUUAUCUUCCUCUGCCUGACUCAUCACUGGAACAAACUUUUAAGUGCUGUGGAUGGCAGGCAAAAAAAACUAAAGAAAAAUAGGUUUCAUGCUUCUAUUUUUUGUACUUCCCAUGCAGCAAAAGGAAAAAGAUAACCUCUUCGACAAAGAGAGCUAGCAAAGCCUGACCUACUUAAAAUACUUAAAUCAAAGGUUACUCAUAAUGGAUGGUGUUUUACAAUCAGCACAUAUACCCUCUGAGUAAAGGCAGUGACAGGCAACGGAAAACAAAAUUGGAUAAAGAAAUAUUAAACCAUUGCAGUGUAAUGUGCAUUUUCCCAGCUAGGAAUGAAUGCAGGCUUUAGAGAAUAGAAGAAAAGGAAAACCAGCUUAAGAGACUGUAGAUAUGGAGUCAUUAUCAGCUGCUGAGACACCCCUGUUGUGGCCAGAGAAUCUCAAAAAGCUAAAAGGUGAACCAUCCAACGUUCUUGUGAUUUGGCUGCAAAUCCUAAAGCUGUCUGCCAGUCAGGCAUUAAUACAACGCAUGGACAAACCAGACAUCUAAUGGUGGUGUACUAUUUGCGCAUGAAACAAAUCUCAUUUCUGUCGAAAGUGUAUGGCUGCAGUCCAGAUGGUAAUCACUCUACAGUAGGCAACCUUUGUAUCAAUUUGUUUUAGUUUUUAUUCAUUGGCUGUCGGACAUGUCAUUAUUGUCCGAGUCGCAUUUCCUCCCGAUUGACUGUCAGUUUGCAGAUGAAAUGACAUGAAGUGACUGUGAUCUGUGGACAGCAACCUUUUCAAUGGCGGGCAUUACGCAGAACUCAUUUACAAGCAACACAGACUGAUUUCUCAGACAUGUCAGAGAAAAAGAUCUAACGAGAAGAGAUAGCGAAAUAAUAAAAUGCUGGAGGGGUCAAGAAGGAAAUUGCUGGCGUAUUUAUCAUGUUUUGGUGCAGAAAUGUGAUGUUUGACUCACUCAUCUUCACAAAAUAUGACACCAAGAAUGCCUGAUCUCCCUCUGGGGCCCGCUGGUGGAGAAGCACUAGGAGAUUUCUUUUAUCUUAGCGCUGAGCAGAUUACCAGCUGUGAAACAACAGCAGGCUCGCUCUGCCUUUAGCCCAAACCUCUUGGUCAUGCGUGUGCCCCCACAUCCCAAGGAUUACCAGUCCGCAGCACUGAUUGGAUGUUGUGAUUUUUAUUUGCCAUUCCCCUUGGAACCAUGCUCACAAUGACAGAAGUGACUGUAUUUAGUUGUUUGCUUUCAACACGUUUUUUACGGCUGACAUGUCCUACAGGACGAUGUGUUUGUAUUUUUGUCUCGCACCGCUGCUCUCCACUGGACGGCCCAAACUCUUUUAUUAAUGAAUGUUGUGACAUUGAGAGGUCCGCGACUAUUUAAAACCUCUAAACAUUUCAGUUUCCACUUUUUUAUGGGGGCAAAACUCUGCUCCGCCGGAAUUGCAUUUGUUGCCUGGCAACGAUAGCUUAUUGAACAUUUUAUCAGGAAGUAUAGAGAUCAACUGGGAGCUUGUCAGUGGUUCAGAGGCAUAAUUCAUUGUAAAUAGAUGCCUGCGGAAAAAACAGUUUCAGCGCUCGGGGGGUUUAACAAAGAGUGAGUCGAUGAGUGUAAGGUCAUAUUGAACACCAUCUAAACAAAAAAAAAUGUCAUGCAGAAGAAAUGAAAGCUAUCAACACAUACACUACAGGCUUCUUAGUGUAACAUGGACUGUAGCUACGUGUGAUGUGUCUAUCCUUUGCUUCGUGUUUUCUUUUCUUCAAUGUAAUAAGGUUAGAUGUGAGCUUCCAAAGGCAUUUCACAUGUUCCUGUGUCAGUGUUUGAGAAGGACAUAAAUGAUCCACAGCACGUCUUGUAUUUAAUAUUUUGACAUGUCUUGGUUUGAGCGCAAAUAUACAACCCAGAGAGAAUAUCUCGGGGACAAAGCAGAUGUGAGUUUUGUCCAAAGUGCUGCGUAAAAUAGGAUGGUUUAUUGGUACAUCACGCACUAUUUAAAAAGAUACAGGAUGAAGUGCUUUAAGAGUUCAUGGAGAAAACUGUUUGAUGUUAGUUUUCUGAAGUGCUUAUUAAAAGUUAAAUCCACUCUAAA